GAGUUCUUCUGAUCGUUCUCAGGACACAAACGUAGCAGCAAAAUCAAUGUUUGUCUUUUAAUGGCUAUAAAGACCAAAGUGGUGCCAGAGCAACUCGACUAUCGUUUACAUAUUUAUUUUGUGUUCUCCAACUUCCGGGUUUAGCCACCUGACGAGCACGAGACGUGCAGGUGAAUAACUACCGAGGGAAAAGGCGUUUUAGAGAAAACUCGGUUUAGAUACCGGCUCCUUUCUGUCUCAUAUCCAGAGUAAACUGCAGAGAGUUGCGUUCAGGUGGUGUGGUCUUCUGUAGCUUUUAUUUCCAUUUUGUAAUGCUAAAACAAACCGAGAACAAGUCACCUCCACAACCGGGAUUUUAAAAACACCAAGUUUAUUUUUCUGUUGUACUUCGACUCCAAACUGAGAUGGAGUCUGCAGAGGGUCAGCGGGGGCGGGAUGGCAGCCAGAGACGUUCCCCUCUGGAUGUCAUCAUGAGUCAGAUCCGCAGGAAACGCUCGUUCUCAGACAGAAAGCCGCUGGGACGCUUCCUGUCCUGGACCUCAGACCGGACAGGGAUCCCAGAGGAUGGAGAGUCCGAGGGCAGAGGGGACAGAGGACAGAGCCAAGGUGUUGGAGCAGCAGCAGAAAGCGAGCGCCACGUUGGCUGGGGACGGUUGUGUGUUUUCCUGCAGAAGCUGGGGAAAAAAGCCGACAGCAAGAGCCUCAAUCUGGCUCAUUGUGAUCUGACGGCUACAGACCUGCUGGAGCUCGCAUCGUUGCUCCAGUUCCUCCCCCAGCUGGAGGAGAUGAACGUCUCCUGGAACGAGCUGAUUGGUGGAAGUCUGACAGCACUCACCUCUCACCUCCCGCAGGUGGACGGGAUCAGGAUGCUGAAGCUCUGCAGCUGUAGGCUGAAUGCUGAUGAUGUUGCAGCUUUGGGUGAGGCUCUCAGCUGUGUCCCUCUUUUGGAGACACUUGAUUUAUCUUGGAACCAUGGUGUUGGGGACGGUUCUUUGCAGGGCUUGCUGGGGAAACUUCACCCAUCGCUAAGAGAGCUUUACCUGGUAGCUUGUCAGCUAACUCCAACAGAUGCUACUGCACUAGGGGGGAUGGUGGCUGUUCUCCCCAGACUCGGUGUGCUGGACAUCUCCCAUAACCCUCAGCUCACACAGGAAGUGGAAACUGGUGGUUUCAGAGAGCUGGCCGCCUCCCUCUCUCACGCCACCUCCCUCACCGUGCUUCGGUUGCAGGCCUGUGGUCUGACAGCAGAGGGCCUCAAUGCUCUCGGUGGCUCACUCCGCUGCCUCCCCUCCAUACGAGAGUUGGACCUGUCAUGUAACAAACGUCUGGCUGGAGGACUAAACUGUCUCACCUUUCACCUGGCUCACAUCACACACCUGGAGAUCCUCGACCUUCACCUCUGUUGUCUCACGCAGGCUGACCUAGAGGCACUGAUUCAGGUGCUCCCGUCUCUGACGGCGUUGACGGAAGUCAAUGUUUCGUCUAAUAAGGAGGUGGGAGGCGUAGUCCAUCCUCUGGUCUCUGCCCUCCCACUGACACAAAUGAGGCGGAUGCCACUCAACAGCUGCAGCCUCAGUGAGGAGUCCUUCACUGCUCUGGCUCUGGCAGUGCCGUACCUGCGCAGUGUGGAUGUUUCCUGGUGUAAAGUGGUCGGCGGUCGCUUGGCGCUCCUGCUAGCGGCUCUCCAGCCAUCCGUCGUCAUGGAGCUCCGCCUCAGCAGCUGUGACCUCACUACUGAUGAUGUGAAUCACCUUGCUGCAGUGUGCAGACGAGGCUGUCUGUCCUCUCUCCAAGUCCUGGACCUGUCCUACAACGGACCGGUGGGUGAUGAUGGCUGGUCGGCUCUGUUUGAGGCAGGAGGUCUGGGCUCGCUGGAGGAUCUGGACCUCAGCCUGAGGCCUGCAACCUCUGCUCCCUGCACGGUCUGGUUGCCCGCCCUGCUCCGCGCCCUGCCUCGAAUGCCAGCGCUGGCUCGGCUGGCCAUGCAGCGGUGGACCGUCGGAUCCCAGGAAAGACGGCAGCUGAACUACAGCUUGAAGAACAGAAGCAUCCAGCUGGAGUGGGAUCCAGAUGUUUCAGACUUGACAUGUAAGAUGAAAAGCCAGGAAAAACCUGAGAAGAGUCAAGUUGAGGAGUAGAGACAAGAAAUUCUGAGGACUGCACUGAUUCAGUUUAGCUAUGAGAUUUCAAGAGUAUUUUAGUUUCCUGCAAAAAAUCAUUUCUAGCUUUAAAUUUUAUGCGAAGUACAAGAUGCUUCUUCUCAUAUAUCAAUUAUUUUAUGUCAUAAAACAAUCUGAUUAUUUGUAAAUUUGUCUCAAAUAUCUACUUUUGACUGAAUUUCCAUUUGUCGUCUGCUCUUGUAGAGAGAGGUCAGAUUAUCUGGUUUAAAGAGAUUUUCAUUUUAUUCUUAUAUUAUUCCAUCACAAGAUAACUUUCAAGGUUGAAAAGUCUACAAAAAGGUAGAAGAUAAUUAAAUAUAAUAUUAAUUUUUUCCUCAA